ACAGAUCAGCCAGGUGCCCAGAGCUGUCCUGUGGCCUCUCCAGCUCAGCAUGGCUCCAGUGCUGGGAGGACCAGUUGCGCUGGGGUUGUUGGGCCUGUGCUGGUCUCUGGCCAUUGCCAACCCUCUUCCUCCGGAUAGUGCACCUGGGACCGGAGCUGAAGGUGGGAAUGGGGUCAAGCAGGACCCAGACGUGAUCGAACGCUGCUCAGAUGGCUGGAGCUCUGAUGCUACCACCCUGGAUGAACAUGGGGCCAUGGUGUUUUUCAAAGGGGAGUUCAUGUGGAAGAGUCCCAACUGGACCCGCGAAUUAAUCUCAGAGAGGUGGAAGAAUUUCAUUGGCCCUGCGGAUGCUGCAUUCCGCCGUAGUAAUGACAGCGUCUUUCUGAUCAAGGGGGACAAAGUCUGGGUGUACCCUCCUGGGAAGAAGGAGAAAGGAUAUCCAAAGUUGCUCCAAGAGGAGUUUCCUGGAAUCCCAUCCCCACUGGAUGCAGCUGUGGAAUGUCACCGUGGAGAAUGCCAAGAUGAGGGCAUCCUCUUCUUCAAAGGUAACCGCACCUGGUUCUGGGACUUGGCUACGAGAACCACAAAGGAGCGUUUCUGGCUUGCUGUUCAGAAUUGCUCCUCUGCCAUGCGAUGGCUCAACCGCUACUACUGCUUCUCGGGUAACAAGUUCCUGCGUUUCAACCCCGUCUCAGGAGAGGUACCUCCCAAGUACCCUCUGGAUGUCCGAGACUACUUCAUGCCCUGCCCUGGCAGAGGCCACAGAAACAGGACUGGCCACGGGACUGGUACCCACCGUGGCUAUGGGGCUUCGCGAUGUAGCCCAGAUCUAGCCUUGUCUGCAUUGGUGUCUGACAACCAUGGUGCCACCUACGCCUUCAGUGAGUCUCACCACUGGCGCCUGGACACCAGCAAGGAUGGGUGGCAUAGCUGGCCCAUUGACCAUCAGUGGCCCAAGGGUCCUUCAACAGUGGAUGCUGCCUUUUCCUGGGAUGAUAAACUCUAUCUGAUCCAGGGCACUCAGGUAUAUAUCUUCCUGACGAAGGGAGGCCAUACCCUAGUAGAUGGUUAUCCAAAGCGGCUGGAGAAGGAACUCGGGAGCCCUCAUGGGAUCAGCCUUGAGACUGUGGACGCAGCCUUUAUGUGUCCUGGGUCUUCUCGGCUCCACGUUAUGGCAGGACGGCGGCUGUGGUGGCUGGACCUGAAGUCAGGAGCUGCAGCCACGUGGACAGAGCUUCCUUGGCCCCACGAGAAGGUUGACGGGGCCCUGUGUGUGGAAAAGUCCCUCGGCCCUCACUCAUGUUCUGCCAACGGUCUCGGCUUGUACCUCAUCCAAGGCCCCAAUUUGUACUGCUACAGUGAUGUGGAGAAACUGAAUGCAGCCAAAGCCCUUCCCAAGCCCCAGAGAAUGAACAGCCUCCUGGGCUGCCAUAAUUGAGAGGGCCUGGCCCGGCCCUUUCUCCCCAUUUUCCUUACAAUAAAGCCAGAGUGCUUCUUUGCUUGAAUCAA